AUGGCGACCGAUCACCAGACAGAGUCUCCAAGAGACCGCAAAGAACCACUUCAACAUCCAGACCCACAGGAUUCAGGCUCAGACAGUGAUGACGACGAAUUUCACGACGCACGUUUCCCCGCGGAGGAGGAAGCUCGCCUGCUGCAAGAAUCCCAAGAGAUCAAAAAAGAGGCCAACUCGCUGUUCACUGCGGCCUGCUAUGAUCAAGCCAUCUCGACGUACGACCGUGCGCUAUCCUCUUGUCCAAACUACCUUGAUUACGAUGUCGCCGUCCUCCGGAGCAAUAUUGCGGCAUGUUACUUGAAACUGGAGGAUUGGAAGGCGGCGAUCGAUUCGGCGACGGCAUCCCUUGAUCGAUUGGAGAAGAUCGUUCCAAUGAACGAGGCAAAGGACAAGCCCAGUGAAGGAACCGGAUCCUCCGACUCCGCGGCCGCCACAAAGGAAAACACCGACGUGGUAGAGCUAUCGGCAGAGGAUGCGGAGGCGGAAGAGAAACAGCUCGCACAGUUGAAGGAGCUCGACACGCAACGGACCAAUGUUCUCCGGAUCCGUGCUAAGUCUCUAAUGCGGCGGGCCAAGGCGAGAUCGAACCUGGGUGGUUGGGCGAAUUUACAGGGGGCCAUGGAAGACUACCAGGUGCUGAAUUCGAUGGAGACUUUGCCAGCAGACGAAAAGCGCAUCGUACAGAGAGCGCUUCGCGAAUUACCUCCCCGGGUGAACGAGGCCAAAGACAAGGAGGUCGGGGAGAUGAUGUCCAAGAUGAAGGAGCUUGGGAAUGGAUUUCUGAAGCCAUUCGGGUUGUCGACCGACAACUUCAAAUUUGUUCAGGAUCCCAAUACGGGGGGCUAUUCCAUGAACUUCCAGUCUUGA